AUGAGAGUAAUCGUUUUUAGUUUCCUUUUUAUUAGUAAUUUAUGUGCUUAUAGGAUCAACGAGAAUUUAAUAUAGGAGAAGGAAAGAAGAUUUGAUGAAGAUAACUAAUAGUAAGAGUAAGAGUACUCUGAAAAAUUAUAAUAGUGUUUUGAAAACGAAUUAGAUGCAAAAUAGGAAUUAGAAAAUGGUAACUCAAUUAAAGUAUUUUUGAGUAAUGAAAUUUGAUGAAAAAACAAAAGGAUUUGGAGAAGGAUAUGAAGUAUACAGUGAGGAUUAAAAUGAAUUAAAUGAUGAAAUAGAAGGAUUUGGUGAUGGAUUGGAUGUUUAUAAAGAAGAGGAAGAAAAAGAAUUAAGGGAUGAAAAAUUAGGAAAUAAAAUACAUGGAUUUGGAAAAGGUGAAAAUGUUUAUGAAGAGGAAGAGAAGAAAGAAAAUGAAUAAUUAGAGGUUAAGGGAUUUGGUAAAGGAGAGGAAGUUUAUGAUUAGGAAAGGUAAGAAAAAGAAAAGUCAGAGGAAAAUGGAUUUGGAGAUGCUUUAGGAACGAUUGAUGAUUAUGAGAAUUAAUAAGAAAGUGAAAAUUAAUUUGUAUAGUUGUCAAGAAAUUUAAGAAAAAAAGGAUGAUUAUUAAUAUUACUGUGAAAUAGAGGAACAUCAAUAAUAAAUAGAAAAA